AUGUCUCCCGAAUAUGCUAUGCAUGGUUUGUAUUUGAUAAAGUCUGAUGUCUUUAGCUUUGGAGUAUUGGUGUUAGAGAUUGUGAGUGGCAGGAAGAACACUAGCUUUUAUAACAGCGAGUCACUCAAUCUUCUUAGAAAUGCUUCGGAGUUGUGGAGAGAUGGUCGAAGUUUGGAGUUGAUGGAGCCAACAAUAAUAUAUCCUAGUUCCACUUCUAUUCUGUUGAGGUUCAUUAACAUUGGCCUUCUCUGUGUCCAAGAAAGCCCGAUUGAUCGACCUACCAUGCCUGAUGUAAUCUCAAUGAUUAGCAAUGAACUUGCACCUCUACCUACACCUAAUCAACCAGCGUUUUCCAUAAGCCGGAAUAUGAUGGACACAAAUUCAACAGUUGACAGUGCAGAAAAUUGCUCAAAAAAUAGUGUAACUAUUUCAGCAAUGGUAGCUAGAUGA